AUGCCUUCUCUUAUUAGAAGGAGUUCUUCUCUUUUGCACAACAUCAAAACAUGGACCCACACGUCCGUAUUGAUGAAUUUCUCAUCAUCCGCUCGUUUUUCAUUCAUCAUCUCCCAGUACUAUCAUCAUCACAAUUAUCAUACCAGAUUUAAUAAUAAUAUCGACAACAACAACUCUUCUCAAAAAAGGCAUCCAAAGAAAUCCGAACUUUUCAAUAAGUUGAAGGAAAUGAAUUUAUCAGUGGUAGCACCGGACCAGGAUGUUUCUACAAAAGGGGAACCAACAUCUUUCGAAGAAAAAUUACAACGUCUGCAGAAAAGGACAAGACGAUUAAAAAACACUGUCCCCAAAAGCAUCAAGGGCGACAAUCGAUUACCUUCCACUUAUUGUCUUUAUGUUAAAGCAAAUUGGGAAAAAUCUAAAGAAGAGUAUUUUGCAAAUCAGGAAUAUUAUGACAAUCUCUACAGCGAUGUGAAAGGACGGUUCAACUUGAUGACAGCUAAAAUUCUUUCUGCUCGAUGGAAACUAUUAAGUGAUGAAGAAAAAAACAAGUAUCGAGAAGAAUUUCAAAAAUUACAAGAAAUACAAAAGGCUGAAAAAAAAGCAACUACUCCAGAAUGGAAGUUAAUCAAAAAACCAAGACCACCAUUCAUACUUUUUAAAAUGGAUAUAUUCGCAUCUGUGAAGGAACAAUUCCCAGACUUGAAUGUGCAACAAUGGAACCUCAUUUCUGCGGAAUUGUAUAAAAAUCUACCAGAAGAAAAGGCAGCUCAUUAUAGAAAUCUCUCUCAAAAGGAGAGGGUUGAAUAUUAUAGAAAGAAGGAAGAAGUGUUGGCACGUACCAAUCCAGGUCAGCCAAAACAGCCAUCAUCUCCGAACAAGAUAUCAGCAACACCAACAAUGGAGGAUGCUGAACCAUUGGAUUAUUUUGACGAUGAUGACACAUUCACCAAGCAACAUUAA